AUGCAGUUCUCCGCCGUUCUUCUUGCCGCUGCCGCCGGCCUCGUCUCCGCCCAGAAGUUCUCUCUCGUUGCCAUCCGAUCUGGCUCCGACAUCCAGAACGACGCCAUCACCUCCGAUGGCAAGUCCCUUGUCCUCAACGGCAACACCCCCACCACCUACGAGGUGAUUGGCCGAUCUCUGUACGCCAACGGUAAGCCCGUCCAGUUCGGUGACAACGCCACCAUUGUGGCCACCGACGGUCAGGCCUCCAAGGACAUCAUUGUCAACGGUGACAACCAUCUCUACGUCCCCAACUUUGACUUCACUGCCUGCCCCAACGGCAAGAACGGUUACGACAUUGUCAACAACCAGUUCUGCAAGUCUGGAGGUCUCGGCUUUGCCGCUCGAGCUGUCUUCGAAGGUGGCUCUUCUUCCGCCGCUGCUCCCACCUCUUCCUCCGCUGCUUCCCAUGCCGCCUCUUCCGCUGCCGCCUCUGCUUCUCACGCUGCUUCUUCUGCUGCUGCUUCCAAGGCUUCUUCUGCUGCUGCUUCCAAGGCUUCUUCUGCUGUUGCCGCCCCCAAGUCCGAGGCCGCUGCUGGUGCUCACGCCACUGCCGGUGCCAUUGUCUCCCAGAUCAAUGAUGGCCAGAUCCAGGCUCCCCACUCCACCGGCCCUGCCCAGGCCCCCAAGGCCUCUGCUCCUCCCGCCCAGGCCAACGGCGCUGCCACCCUUGGUGUCUCUGCUGUUGCCGGUGCUGUUGCCGUCGCCAUGCUUUUCUAA